GCUAUUUAAAUUUCUUGACUUUUUUUGUCAAAUUACCAUGUUAACCCCACAUCCAGAGUUUAAGUUAAGAGCUUUCAAGUCCCCAUCAGCCAUAGCAAGAGUUGAAGAGUGCAAGGCAACUCUCAGUCUCACAGCUCACCCCUUCACACCCCCUGUAACUGGAGUUACUGGACAGCGAUUAAGCACUGAUCUGUACACCAUAUCGUCUCCGAUUUCAGGGGCAAGAGAAAUUAGAACUUAUACUAGGGGACAAGCAAAAAGAAAUGCAACUGCAGCCUUGACCUCUCAAAUUCCAUCACUAACCUUUAGAACUCCGGCCACAGCCUCUAGUGUUGAUGCAGUUUAUGCUACUAGAAUUAGUGAAGAGGCUCAUACUUUAGGUCUUGAAAGUCAGAGGAGGAAGAAGAGGAGUUUGAGCCUCGUGGACGACAAGGAUGAUGAUGAUUUGGUGGUUGAGCAAGAAGAAUUACAAGUAGAAGAGAGUGAUGAGGAUUAUUAGACUCUUAAUGAUUUUCUGUUUUAAAGUUCUAUUAUCUGACUUCUUUCUGAACUGAUCUUCGUUGACUUUUGUACUCUUUAAGUCUUUUAUUGUCUUGUUUGAUCAUUCUAAACUAUGAUUUUUAUUUGUUGAGACUUGAGAAUAUUGUUUUUUAUAAUUUUUGAUAAUUUUUAUAAACUCUUAGGUCAUUU